UGCUGCAGCCGGAGGCUCCGGGCACGGCCGCCGCCCCGCGAGCACGCCCCGGUCCCCAGAACACGCAAACACCCGCACGAGCCCGCAGCGUCCAGGGCCGGGCAGGACGGCGCAUGCGCCCUGCGCGGGCCUCGGCCUCAGACCGCACCUGCGCACGGGACGCCCCCGCGGAGAUUCCCAGAAGCCUCUGCGCUCACUUUGCCGGGUACACAACUCGCAGGGCGGUUCCGGACGCGCAGGCGCAGUUCGAGGGAGAAGCCAGCUAGGAAGCGGAGCAAUUCAGGGGGAGCGCGAGGUCUCAUGGCGCUGAAUCUCCUUCCCCCAGAGGGAAGCCCGGAGGAGGAGGGCGGAUCCCCAGGGGUUCUCUUGGCCCCAGACCAGGAGACUGUGUCCUUCGGGGAUGUGGCCGUGGACUUCACGGAGGAGGAAUGGGGGUGCCUGAGCCCUGCUCAGUGGCAGCUCUACAAGGAGGUGAUGCUGGAGAACUACAGGAACCUGGUGUCCCUGGGGCUGAGAGAGGACAAACCAGACCUGAUCUCCUGGCUGGAACAAGGGGAAGAGGUCCCAAGCAGCCCCCGUCCUGGGGAAGGAGACCCUGUGGCCACUGGACGUUGCAGCCCUCCUGGGCCUUCAGCCUGGGAUAUUACAAUUGAGAAUCACAAGGAGUCUCUUCUUAAACAAGAAAAAGGAACAUCAGAAAUAUUAACAGAAAGUCCCUCAAGGGAUGUUGUUCCCCAGGUUCCUGAAUUUGGGGAAGGUCCUAUCCAGGAGAUCACAUCCUGGAAGCAAAUAGGAAACCUUGCAGGGGAGACUACAAGGAAAGAAUUUUGGGAGUGGCCUUUCCAGGACAUCUCAUGGAAACAAAGGAGAAACCCUGCACAGGAGACUCCAAGGAAAAUAUUCUGGGAUAAUCCUGUACAAGACAUCACAUUAUGGAAAGAAAUGGGAAACGUUGUAGGGGAGACUCCAAGGAAAGAAUUUUGGGGAUGUCCUGUUCAGGAUAUCAUGUUGUGGAAACAAAUGGGAAACCUUGCACAGGAGAGUCCAAGGAAAGGAUUUUGGAAGGAUCCUGCCCAAGAUAUCACAUUAUGGAAGCAAAUGGGAAACCUUGCAGGAGAGAUUCCAAGGAAAGUCCUUUCUCAGGAGAGGGGUUUCGGUGAGUCCCCUGUGCUCCAUAAGAAAAAUCCCACUCAACAAGGAAGCCUUGAAUAUACUGGCUUUGGUAAAAGCUUUAAUCAGAGUAUUGCCAAGCACAAAGCAUCAUGGGAUCAUAAUGAAUCUGGGAAUCUCUCCCAUUACUAUACACUCUUUAAUCAAUAUCAGAGAAAUGAACCCUGUGAUCUGGAAGGUGGACAAGAUUUCAGCAAGAAUUCAUUUCUUAGUCAAAAUCAGAGAAUUUAUUCGGAAGAGAAAUCUCAUAGAUGUGAAGGAUGUGGGAAGGCUUUUACCAACUAUUCAGACAUUAUUAAUCAUGAAAGAACUCAUGGUGGAGAGAAACAUUUUAAGUAUCGGCAAUGUGGAACAGCUUUUAUGUGGAGCUCAGUUCUUACUGAACACCAGAAAAUUAAAAUUUGUGAUAAACCCUGUGAAUAUAAGGAGUUUAAGGAGGUCUUCAAUCAGAAUUCAGACAUCAUUAAAUAUGAAGGUAAUCAUAGUAGAAAGAAACCAUCUGACUAUAGUGACCGUGGGACAGCUUUUAUGUGGAGCUCAGUUUUUACUGAACACCAGAAAAUUAAAAUUUGUGAUAAACCCUGUGAAUAUAAAGAGGUCUUCAGCCAGAAUUUUGACAUUACUAAAUAUGAAGGUAUUCAUAGUAGAAGGAAACCAUCCGGCUAUAGUGACUGUGGGACGGCCUUUAUUUGGCGCUCAGAUUUCAUGGAACAUCAGAGACUUCUCACUAGUGAGAAACCUUAUGAAUGCAAGGUGUGUGGGAAGGCCUUCAGCCAGAACUCGUCCCUCACUCAGCACUUCAGGAUCCACACCGGAGAGAAGCCUUAUAAAUGUAAGGAGUGCGGCAAGGCCUUCCGGCAGAACUCGCACCUGAUUCGCCACCAGCUCAUUCACACCAGGGAGAAGCCCUACGAAUGCCAGGAGUGUGGAAAGGCCUUCAGCCAGAGCUCAGACAUCAUAUAUCACGGAAGAAAUCAUGAUGGAGGAAUUUAUUAUAAGUGCAGGCAGUGUGGAAAGGCCUUUACAUGGAGCGCCAUUCUGACUGAACAACAGAAAACGGGCACUUUUGAAAAACCCUACAAGUAUAAGGAGUUAGGAGUGGCCUUCGGCCAGACUGUGGACAUUUUCAAAUACGAAGGACUUCAUUGUGGGAAGAAGCCCUUUGAGUGUAAAGACUGCGGGGCAGCUUUCAGUUGGCACUCGAACCUCCUGGAACACCAGCGUACUCACACGGGUGAGAAACCUUAUGAAUGCAAGGUGUGUGGGAAGGCCUUCAGCCAGAGCUCCUCCCUCACUCAGCACUUCAGGAUCCACACGGGAGAGAAGCCUUAUAAAUGUAAGGAGUGCGGCAAGGCCUUCCGGCAGAACUCGCACCUGAUCCGCCACCAGCUCAUUCACACCAGGGAGAAGCCCUAUGAAUGCAAGGAGUGCGGCAAGGCCUUCAGCCAGAGCUCGGACAUCAUGAAACACGAGAGGAUCCACAGUGGGAAGAAGCCCUAUGAGUGCAAGGAGUGCGGGGCCGCCUUCAGCUGGCGCUCCUACCUCAUUCAGCACCAGAGAACGCACACCGUAGAGAAGCCCUACGAGUGCAAGGAGUGCGGCAAGGCCUUCAGCCAGAGCUCAUCCCUGAUCCAGCAUCACCGGAUCCACACCGGGGAGAAGCCCUACGAGUGCAAGGAGUGCGGCAAAGCCUUCAGCCAGAGAUCGUCCCUGAUCCAGCAUCACCGGAUCCACACCGGCGAGAAGCCCUACAAGUGCAAGGACUGUGGGGCCGUCUUCAGCGGGCACUCUGGCCUCAUCCAGCACGAGCGGAUCCACACCGGGGAGAAGCCCUACGAGUGUAAGGAGUGCGGCAAGGCCUUCAGGCAGAGCUCAGCCCUCAUCCACCACCAGAUCAUCCACACUGGAGAGAAGCCCUACAAGUGUAAAGACUGCGGGAAGGCUUUCCGCUGGAAUGCGGUCUUCACGGAGCACCAGAAAAUCCACACCGGAGAGAUCCCCUACGAGUGCAAGGAGUGCGGCAAGGCCUUCAUCCAGAGAGCGGCGCUCACCCACCACCAGCGGAUCCACACCGGGGAGAAGCCCUACAGGUGCAAGCAGUGUGGCAAGGCCUUCAUCCAGCGGUCGUCCCUCACCCACCACCAGCGGACCCACACUGGGGAGAAGCCCUACAAGUGCAAGCAGUGCGGCAAGGCCUUCAUCCAGAGGUCGGACCUCACUCGGCACCAUGUCAUCCACACGGGAGAGACGCCCUAUGAAUGAGCGGGCACUUCGGCCCUCCCAUGGAAAAACUGCGGCAGCAAGGGAAGGACCUCAGCUUGGCAGCAGAUUAACUUCUGUGCACACAGCAUACAUGGCACAGCCGGACCUUACAAGUCCCCUUUUUAGCUAAGCUAAAAAUAUUAAGAAACGGAUUUCCUUUGGUCCAAAACCCCUUUAGAAAAGUGGCUGAGGUCUUAGGAAGGGGGAGUAAGGAGAGUAACCCCACUUAAAAAUGGUACAUCUCUAUUGUCUACUUGUGACCCUUGCCUUCCUCACCCUCCAGUGACUGGUGCUAUGAAGGGAGGUGACUUCUUUUCCAUUUGGGGAUUACCCUUCCGUUCUUUAGAGGAGUGAUCAAAGAAGAACUCUAGUAGUUUAGUUGAAGAGUAAGUGACUAUUUUAGACUGUUAAAUCCUACCCAUCCCCCCUUUCAGGAAACUUGCUUUAUGAUUGUGCCCUCUUCCUUGUUCAAGAUUCCUAUAAAAGAUACCUCAAAACUGUCUUGGGGUAGAGACAUGUCCUAGGAGUUAUACCAGUUUGGACAUUUUUCUCUCUAGGAUAAAACUACUUGGAUUUAGAAUACUGGUUAAUAAAAUUGGCUCUGGCAGACUUGUCCCUAAAACACAAAGUAUAAUGUUGGUAUUUUUUUUUCUGUUUACACCAGUGACAUCCAAUUCAUGUAGAAACAGAUCCUCAAAGGCCUCUUGGUGACUUAGCCACAAAUUAACAUUUACACAUGUAUGAUAUUUUUACUUAAAAAAAAAUUUCCCAAUUGCAUUUUAAUCUAAUUCAAACAGUUUUGUGUGCCCCAUGGUGCCUGAGGGCCUCAGGCCAAAACUUAUUCUGUUCUACAACAUGAAUAUGAAGAUUGUAGAAAGUCCUUCAGUCAGCUCACACCUUAUCAACAUCAAAGAAUUUACACUGGAGAGAAAUUUUGUGAAUUCCAUGUGGGUGAGAAAGCCAUCAGUUUGCAUCAGAGAAUUCCUUCUGAUGGGUGCAAUACACACUAUAAAUUUGUUGAAUGUUGGAAAACCUAAAUUAUUGAGGGAAAGGUCUCAGUUGACAUCAGCAAGUUUCUCCUAAACAAAUCCUAACAAAGCACUGAACAUGGAACUCGGAGAUCAAGCAUUAGCAAAUGUGUAUAAGAGGGCAUUUCUUCAGAUCUAAGGAAUACAGGUAAGGAGUGAGCGGUUAUGUCUAAGCCUAUCUUCCUUUCACCUCAAAAUUUCAAGAAAUGUGCACAGCAAAGUAAAACAAAAAAAGACAUUUUCACAAAGAAAACCUUGCAUACUCCAUCAUAAUGAGUAAAUAUUAAAGGACUCCAAGGAUAAUGCAAGAAGGUUGUUUCAUAGAAGUCUCACUUUAUCUCACUAUAGUGACAGCGAGAAGGGAUUCUGUUCAAGGAAGGGAGAGAUAAGGGAGAACGUGGCAAAUACUUCUUGAAAUCAGAGUGCCACCAGUGAAAGACCAUCGAGAUGCAUGGGGAGAGGAAGUAUGAGGAAGGAAAUACGAUUAAUGAACCACCCAUUAUUAUCCAAGCUAUGAUAGGAAAGGAUGAUACCAUGAUUUCGGUAAACCUGUUCUGGUUUGGGUAGGCAAGCUGGAGAGGGGAGGGGCAGUGUACAUUUAAAGGUAAAGGAGUGGCUUCAGUACAGGGAAAACCUGCAGAUACCUAGGCAGAAUGGAUAGAGCACUUAUGAAUGCAAGAUGCAUGGAGUCUGGAGCCAGGAAGAAUCACUUUUCCCAGUUUAAAUCUGGCCUGAGAUUAGCCAUAGCAAGUCACUUAAUC